AUGACUGACAGAAAACACGUUGAUUUCAGUGGGAUCUACUGUGGCAUCAAGCCAGACACUGGUAGAUUCAGAUUAGCUCCUACCGCAGUGGGCUGGAAAUCAUCAGAAGACAAAGCAACUAUCAUUCCAAGUGACGAUCUCAAGAAAAUGUCUUGGAUCAGGGCAGCAAGAGGGUAUCAGCUGCGAGUUACACUCAAGGACGGCGGUGUAUCCAAAUUUGAUGGUUUCAAAUCAGAGGAUUUUGAGGUUUUGAAGGAUACCGCAAAAUUGUAUUACAAAAUUGUAGUUGAAUCCAAGGAAUUGAGUGUCAAGGGAUGGAAUUGGGGAAAAACCGAUUUCCAGGGUUCCAAUCUUGUAUUUAAUGUUUCCAACAAGACAAUGUUUGAAUUACCUCUCGCACAGGCAAUUGGCGCAAACAAGCCAGGAAAGAACGAAGUAUCGAUCAACUUUGUUGAUCCAGGACAGCCUGCACCGGAAGGAGUAAAUCCUAGAGAGAUAGAUGAGUUGAUGGAUGUAAUUUUUUACGUUCCUGGAACUGUUCCCAAAGAGACAGAAAACAAUGAAGACGAGGAUGCAGACGAAGAGGAAGUUAAUGCAGACAUGGUGUUUUACGAGACAGUCAAGUCCAAGCUGGAGUUCAGCCAGAUGACAACCGAAAACAUUGUCCAAUUCCAAGAGGUGCUUUGUUUGACCCCUCGUGGUCGUUACAAUAUCGACAUGUAUCAGGACUUCCUUCGUCUUCGUGGAAAAACUUACGAUUACAAGAUCCAGUAUUCCAGUAUCAUCAAGUUAUUUUUGUUGCCCAAGCCUGAUGAGGUCCACGUAUUGUUUGUUAUUGGUUUGGACCCACCUUUGCGUCAAGGUCAAACAAAAUACCCAUUCCUUGUAUUCCAAUUUGUUCGUGAAGAUGAAAUCGAUGUUGAAUUGAACUUGGAUGAGGCUACCAUGAGCGAACGAUAUGACAACAAGCUUUUAAAGCAUUAUGAAGCACCAACCUAUGAAGUUAUCAGUACAAUUUUCCGUUCUUUGGCAGGUAGAAAGGUCACUGUUCCAGGUGCAUAUAGAAGUCAUCACGGUGCACAUGCUCUCAAGUGUUCGAUGAAGGCAAACGAAGGUUACCUGUAUCCAUUGGAAAAGUGCUUCCUCUUUAUCCCCAAACCACCCACCUUUAUCCCUCUCAAUGAGAUCGGCGUUGUCACCUUCUCUCGUGUGGGAACAUCGGCCGGUGCCAGCUCCCGUACAUUCGAUAUGAAGUUCCACAUGAAGAGCGGAAACGACAUCCAAUUUUCCAGCAUUAACCGUGAAGAAUACGCUAACCUUGAAGACUUUAUGAAGCAAAAGAAGAUCAAGAUUAAAAGCGAAAAUAACGAAGAGACAAUUAUCACAUACACUGAUAUGGAUGAUGUUAUGGAAGAUGAUGAUGACAACUAUGAUUCUCGCAAGAAGCGACGAACAGAAGUCAGAAUGCCAGAUCUGGAUGAAGAAGAAGAGAGUCCCGAUGAGGAUUUCGCACCCGAUGAUAGCGGUAGUGAUGUUCCUGAAGAAUACGAUUCUGAUGUUCAAGGUUCUUCUGCAGGUGAAGGCGAAGAAGAUGAAUAA